CCCUUGUUUUUUUCCUUCUCUUUUCAGUGCUGAAACAGUUUCCCAGUGAUGUUCUACAGUUAAGCUUGCCUGAGGGUGUCCUGUUGUGCAGGGAUUGAAGAGCAAAGAGAAUGGGGGAAGAAAGAGCCCAGGGAUCUGGAUCUUUGGCCCUGACUGCUGACCUCAAUGCAAAGCCACUGUCUGAAGGGAAGAGAGACUUGGACAAUGAAUCGAUGUUAAACGUGUUCAAAACCACUGCUGCUUGUCAACAGUUCACCCUUGAAGCUGCAAUUAAAAACGUUGACAAGAUGUCCAGUGAGCUGAAAAAAAUGACUGUGGAAAGCCAGCUACUGCUUUGUGACCUUAUUCUGAAUUUUAACCAUCCUGCGAAGGCCAAAGAUUUAAGAGAAGCUGAAGAAAAACAGUGGAGUUUGACAGAUUAAUUGUGCUCUGGAAAACAGGAUAAGGAACAGUCCGUAGAGGAGGACCUGCAAGUUGUCAUUUCAUCUUCCUUCCUCAUUCUGAAAGUGCUGCUGAGGAAGGGGGCAAAGAGCAGACUAGUUCUGGUAAACCAAAAGUACUUUCAUUCUGGAAAAGUCUGCAGUGACUUUCUGGUUUAGAGGUCUGAAUACUCUGAAAUCUCAGCCCAAAAUCUGAAUAGCCAGUAUUUUCAUGUAGUUCAUUGUACUAAAUUGUCAAUCUUACUUUACUUGUGGACGUGUUUGAAUGUUGAGGUGUGUUUUGUAUUCAUAUACAAAUAUAUUUCUCUGAAUAAUCAUUUCAA